AAACAAGCAAAGCCAAGGUCAAAGCACACCUAAUUCUAGAGCCUCAUUUUUCGCUUUUCUCUCACUACAAACAUGCAAAGACAAUCCUUAGGCUCGCCUACCUCCAAGCUCCACAUCCAUGGAGAAGAGAUUACCGGAGCCGAUGAUCAGAAACGCCGUGUAAUCAUCGACGGCGAGGACAGCAAGGAGAGUAAGCCUCGCCCAUUGUCAUUUUCGCCUUCAUCGCAGUCGCUGUCGUCGCCUCCUAAUUCUGAGAAGCUCAUUCAUCUCAUUCCUGUUCUCACUCUCCUUUGCUUCCUCGUACUUUACCUAAAUUCUCACAGUCCUUCACAAUAUGAUUUAGCCGCUUUUAACGGAUUCAAGCAUUCCUCAAAGCGUUUAGAUUCACGAGAAAUCGGCGAUGUAGGCCGAUUUAUUGAGAUUCAGAGAGGCGAUGUUCUGGCAAUUAGAAGCCAAAGGAAUUUGCAAGAACUUGAUAAGUACGUUUCGAAGUAUCAUUUACACCGGAAAAUCGCCGAUUUCUAGGCAGCCUCCGUGAGCAUCCCCUCGGUUUAUCUCUCUCCCCCUCUCUUACGCAAUCUUCGUAGGUUCGUUCAUGCUCUAGCUAACUACACGUGCCGGUCACUCUUGCACGUGCGAGGUUGCACGGGUAAAUUUGAAUUGCAUGUUAAUUUGUUGGCUUGAGAAGCAAACAUCUUAGCUGGAGCUUGGUCA